GCCUCUCUGACAUGUAGAAGUUUGUGCAUACUGCAGCGCAUUGAUGUUUUCGGUGGACUUUCCGAUUUUGUUCAGCCGCAAUACCGCUAUCUGACUUCUUGGAGUGGGUUUCGUCAGACGUGCGUUUGCUUGAAACGUCGCAAGUUGCCAGAAUGGACCUGCAGUGGAGACAUAUUGUCUCACAGAUCAUUAACGCGGACAAUUGAGCUGGAUACACACCGCCCAAUCUGCCAGAUGGACGCUCCUGUAAAGCAUUCCCUAGAGCCCUUCCCCACCGGUGUACGCAGUAUCAUGUCGAGGUCAAUAUGUAUUGUGCCCCGCCAUCACACGGCCCUUUUAGAGGCUAUGCUCUCUUUUGUGGGCAAUGUAUGUCGCGAAGACAGAAAGACUACGGCACAGCUUCUCGCUUGACAUCAUCUGGUUCUAGGCAAAUAACUGGCAAAUACAUUUACUUAUUGCACAUAGCGCUGAGUUCAAUCCAAUGCACCGCUGAUGACAUCCAUCCUCCUACUGCGGGCCGUCUCGGGCGAUCUUCCUGUGCCUUGCUUCCCCUGAAGACUCGAUUUUGUCAAGCAGUUGGCCACGGGCACCGACGGCGCCUGUACCAGUACAGUUUACUACAGAGUUUCUUCUUGUUCGUCACUUUUAUCUUGACCGUGUCUAUUAUCAGAUGCUAUUCCCUUACAAUUGGCGCUCAGCCUCGCGAUAUUUUACUGCCGAUGUGACUCCACUACGUUUACAAAGGUCACUGCUCUGGCUGGUCUCCCUCUACGGUAUAUUAACCUCGACGCCAUGCUGACGAACUUCAUCUGAAAUAUCCAAGAAAACCCCAAGCUUCCUCCUCUACCUUCUUACCUGUUUAAUUCCUUUUUUAUAUUUAUAAUGUUCCCAGCCAACAACCCAUUCACUCAAGGCUCAUGGCGUUCAGGCAACGCCCCUUCUUCUAACGGCUCCUGGGACUCUAGCGUGCCGCCCCCAUCGAUAUUCGGCGCACUCCCUUACCCCAACGCUCCUUCUCUCGAUAUCCCGAUCCGCGACCUCAUCACAUUCAGAUUUUCCUCCUUCAACCCUACCAUACUUAAUUGUCAGGUCAUGGGCCCUCGCAGCCAACCUGUAUUCUAUGUUAUCACCGAUUCGUCUUUGCCAGGAUAUACCCAGCUGAAAGACGCCGCCGGCGCAAACGUCGCGUUAGUGGAAUGGCAAAGUCACCCACUGGUUGAAGCGCGCGGCGCAGUCGCAAAACAACCUAUUCGCAACUGGCUGAGACUUUCUAGCGAUCAGAGACACCGACUUAUGGGUGCACAUGGUAUUAACUAUUAUUGGGCUCCCAAUGAUCGCUUUAUUUGUCUAUAUACCUCGGGUUCUUCCACUUCUCCUUUGGCCAGAAUUUCCAAGUCUUACAAUGAUGUCAUCCUGGAGAUGACGCCGCAAGCUAUACAGUUUAAGCUGUUGGAAAUCUGUGUCGUGGCAACUAUUUUGCUGCAGUGUGGCAGGAACAUAGAUUAAAUGCUCCCUGAGCUACAGUAAUAUAUGGGGUAAAACGGUGUUUUUAGGGUAACCGGCCGCUGGCGGUUUUGUGUACUGGUACCACUACUGUAUCGAUAUAUUCCUUUUUAGAUUUGUGACGUAGGACUCUACAUUAUUUAUAGUAUUGCAACACAGCACCACAUUAUUUCACUUU